GUCCUUCUCCAUACUUCUUAAACUUCUGGAAACAAGAUCAGGCUGAGGAUCCAAGAGAUUCCUGGGAGCUCUUCGGAAGAUUUAUAGGGUGUUUAAUGCUGUGAAUCUUUACCUACAGUCAACCCAUAUAACUAUGCAAGUCCUAUAUCACAAAAUGCUAAUAAGUGUCCAGUGACUUCAUUGCAAUGGAAGCAGAACCUGAGGUCAUUAUGAGCCCCUGAACUCCUCAAUGCUUGGGGAAUUGGGGCACACACACACACACACACAGAGAGAGAGAGAGAGAGAGAGAGAGAGAGAGAGACAGGCAGGCAGGCAGACAAACAAACACACUCGUCGUCAAAGCAGGUACAAGGAUCAGAAAGAAACUGUCUGGAAGACAGAGAUAGCUGCAGCUUCUAGGAUGCAGCAGUUGUGAAGGGGAAGUCUUCCCAAUCAACGGUAUGCCCAUGCCAAGGAAAAGCAUCACCUGCUUGAGGGGUGGUGAACCUGUGACCCUGCAGACAUGACUAGGCAUGGUGACUAAUGCUGAUGGGAGUUUGGAGUCCAACAACAUGUAGAGAGCAGCAUGUUGGCUACCCCUGCCUCAGACAGAGAUUGUGGUGAAUGGGUCUUGUAGGGCAGGAAACCAUUGCAGAACAGCCAGAAAAUAAAUACAAGGAGCCUAGCAGGCUGGGAGGACAGGAAAAAAGUGAUUUGGUUAUUUUACUUUUUGUUGUGCAAUUGGGUAGAAGUCUUUUCCUUACACUUCUAGAAGUGAAAGGAACCAGGAAUGACCUUUAAAAUGUUGGAAUACUGGGGAGAUGGGGUGGGGGCUCUAGGCCUCUUUGGCAUGUGGAAAACUAUCCUAGCAAGUGUUGCCAGGAGAUGUUAUACUGAUGACAACUGUUGCCUUGCUAAGAACAGGUUGUUGUUUUUUAAGGCUAUAAAGUGAAAACAAAACUGAAAAAGAUGUAUAAAUAUCUGAGGACUGAACGGAGAGGACGGUGAGAGCAAAACAUAAUGGCACAGGUAAGUACCUCUUUGCAUAGGAGACAUUGUCUAUCGAUCCCCACCCAGUCCAAAAUACCUUCCCUUUGAUUGUCUUCCCUUUGACUGUUUUUUCAAAGUAAGAGUUGCCACUUGACUUGCUGCUUGCCUUACGCUGCUAUCUCUGGCUACAAGCCAACGUAUGUUGAACAUAGUGAGACUAACUUCUGUGUAAGAAUGCUUAGGAUAGUUUUGUCUCUAGCUCAGAGCUUUCCAAACAGCGUGUUGCGACACAUUCAUGCGUCGGCUUCAGUGUGUCGGUGUUUUCACAUGAAUGCUGCCUGCGCUCCUCCCGGGCUGGAAAGGGGUUAGUUUAACCUCCGGUUUGCUAGUGAAACUGAAUUACUCUGUCACAAAAUGCUGCGUGUAUAAAAAGUGUGUCACCAGCAAGAAAAGUUUGGAAAGCUCUGCUUUAGCUCCUUCCCCCUGCCUUGCAAGUCUGACUUAGAAAAACCGUGGUGAAUAAUCACAGGGUCCAAAGGUUGAAAAAUUCAUCUACUUGUGAGGGAAGAGAGCGAGGCUCCUGCAAGCCAUGGAUACUAAGUUAUGAUUUCUUGCAAAAGAGAGCUUGGAAUCAAAUCCACGAUAAUAGCAGCAACUCAGUAAAGUGCUGGGCUCUGUACUGUUCAUAUGCUUGUAAUUGUAAGUUUUCUUGACUUAAAUAUUUUUGUUUAAGUUUGCUUGACUUUCAUUUUUAUACUUUAUUUUAUUAUGCAAUAGUUGAACUGCUUUUUGUUUCUACCUCUGGCUCGUUAUAAAACCAAUAAACAUUAAGUCUUUUAAAAAAAGAGCUGGGAAGGGAAACAAACCUCAAGAGCAGGAAACAGCUGUUAGGGGGAUUUCAAGAGCAGGAAACAGCUGUUAGAAUAGGGGGAUUUCCUCAGUGAAAGGGGAUUUCCAUCUGGCCUUGCAGCAUCUACAGUGGUACUUCUGGUUACGUACUUAAAUCGUUCCGGAGGUCCAUUCUUAACCUGAAACUGUUCUUAACCUGAAGCACCACUUUAGCUAAUGGUGCCUCCUGCUGCCGCUGCGCCACCAGAGCACGAUUUCUGUUCUCAUCCUGAAGCAAAGUUCGUAACCCGAGGUACUAUUUCUGGGUUAACAGAGUCUGUAACCUGAAGCAUCUGUAACCCGAGGUACCACUGUAUUGGAUGGGGCAGGAGGUGAUGUGGUGCUUUUCUCAGGCUUAAAGAACAUGAGAAUAGCUUGCAUCCUGUUCUCAUAGUGCAGUGGUGGCAAACCUAUGGCACUCAGGCCUCUCUGUGGGCAUGUGAGCCAUUGCCCCAGCUGGUAGCUUCCGUGCUUCCCCAGCUGAACAGUCGCGAUCCAGCUCCUGUUCCUGUGCAAGCAGCAACGCUGCCUAGCGGAGCAGCCCGAUCCCACUCCUAGUUGCCCGCCAGCGGGAGCAGGUGGGGCGGCGACAUUCCUUGCCUGCUCGCCUGCCACUCAGGCCCGGCCUUCCCUCACUCAGCGCCGGGGCUGCCACAGCUGGAGAAGGAAGUGGUUGCUGUUGUAGCAGCAGUGGCUGGAGCCAAGGCUCGCUUGUCACCCGCCUGCCAUCCCUCACUAGGAAAACGGAAGUGUGGCACUCAAAAUGGAAGUUAUAGGUCGGAGCUAAACAGUACAAAUUGAGAGCAUUUGCAGAUGACUUAGUACUGACGUUACAGGAGCCAGAAUCUAGUACCAAAAGGGUUUUAGAAUUGAUUCAAGAAUUUGGUCAAGUCGCAGGAUUUAAAUUGAAUAAGGUAAAAACUAAGGUUUUAGAGAAAAAUUUAACACCAAUAGAGAGAGAGAGGUUUCAGAAUGAGACAGGUUUAACAGUGGUCAAGAAAGUUAAAUACUUGGGGAUCAAUUUGACAGCAAAAAAUGGGAACUUAUUUAAAGAUAAUUAUGAAAAAUGUUGGGCUGAAGUGAAAAAAGAUUUAGAAAUUUGGUCAAAUUUGAAGCUUUCACUGCUGGGCCGUAUUGCUGCGGUUAAAAUGAAUGUAUUGCCUAGAAUGUUGUUUUUGUUUCAAACAUUGCAAAUUGUGGACAAAAUGGACAGUUUCAAGAGGUGGCAGAGAGAUAUUUCUAGAUUUGUCUGGCAGGGCAAGAAGCCCAGAAUAAAAUUUAAAAUACUAACAGAUGCAAAGGAAAGAGGUGGAUUUGCCCUGCCAGACCUUAAACUUUAUUAUGAAUCAGCAGCUUUUUGCUGGUUGAAAGAAUGGCUGCUUCUUGAAAACACUGACAUUUUGGAUUUGGAAGGUUUUAACAAUGUAUUUGGAUGGCAUGCAUAUCUGUGGUACGAUAAGGUCAAAGCACAUAAAGCAUUUAAAAACCAUAUUGUCAGGAAAGCAUUGUUUAAUGUUUGGAUAAGAUAUAAGGAUUUAUUGGAAAAUAAAACCCCAAGGUGGCUGUCACCGAUGGAAGCGAAAGCCUUGAAAAAGCUCAAUAUGGAGGUCAAAUGGCCGAAAUAUUGGGAAAUUUUGGAACAAGAUGGAGAUAGAUUGAAACUGCAGAGUUUUGAAAAACUAAAAACAAAGUGCGAGACUGGCUUCAUUAUUAUCAGAUAAUGGAGGCAUACAAUUUGGACAAGAAAAUCGGCUUCCAGGUGGAAAAAUCAAAAUUAGAAACAGAAUUGUUAGAACCCAAAACUAAAAUUUUGUCAAAGAUGUAUAACUUGCUGUUGAAAUGGAAUACACAGGAUGAAACAGUGAAAUCUGCUAUGAUUAAAUGGGCACAAGAUGUUGGACAUAAUAUUAUGUUUGCUGACUGGGAACAGUUGUGGACCACAGGUAUGAAAUUUACGGCAUGUAAUGCCUUAAGAGAAAAUAUUAUGAAAAUGAUAUACAGGUGGUACAUAACCCCAGUCAAGCUUGCAAAAAUCUAUCAUGUGCCUGAUAAUAAAUGUUGGAAAUGUAAAGAAACUGAAGGUACAUAUUUCACCUUUGGUGGACGUGCCCAAAGAUUAAGGCUUUCUGGGAGAUGAUAUAUAAUGAACUAAAAAAGGUAUUUAAAUAUACCUUCUUGAAGAAACCAGAGGCCUUUCUCCUGGGCAUAGUCAGCCAAUUGGUGUUAAAAAGGGACAGAACUUUCUUUAUGUAUGCUACAACAGCAGCAAGAAUACUCAUUGCAAAGCAUUGGAAGACACAAGAUUUACCCACACUGGAGGAAUGGCAGAUGAAAUUAAUGGAUUAUAUGGAAUUGGCAGAAAUGACUGGCAGAAUCCGUGACCAGGGAGAAGAGUCGGUGGAAGAAGAUUGGAAGAAAUUUAAAGACUAUUUACAGAAAUAUUGCAAAAUUAAUGAAUGUUAGAAUGAUGUUGGAUUGAAGUUAAGUGGUUUCUAGCUGUAUAAGUACAAAAGAAUAUGGAAAAAUUGGUUUUUAAUAUGUGAAAAUCUAAUGUUACAAUAUAUCAAGAUUAAGGAUUAGGAUUAAAAAGGAGGGAAAGGAAUUGUUGGAUUAACAAAUUGAAUUGGAAUACAAAAAGAGGAGGUAUGAGGAGGUCCGGGAAACAAGUAAACGUAAAAGAAGUGAGGAAAAGAUGGAAUUGUUUUUAACUGUUUUUUCUUUUUUUUUCUACUUUGUAUUUUUCCUUUUUAUUGUUAAUUUUUUAUUAAUUUGACUUUUUUUUUCUUUGAAACUUUAAUAAAUAUUAUUUAAAAACAAAAAAAACAAAAUGGAAGUUAUACUCAGAACAGAGCAUGUUCGGCUUCCGGAAAAGGUUCCAAAACCGGAACACUCAUUUCCGGGUUUGAAGUACAGUGGUACCUCGGGUUCAGUACUUAAUUCGUUCCGGAGGUCCGUACUUAACCUGAAACUGUUCUUAACCUGAAGCACCACUUCAGCUAAUGGUUAAAUACGCUUCAGGUUACAGAUUCUGCUAACCCAGAAAUAGUGCUUCAGGUUAAGAACUUUGCUUCAGGAUGAGAACAGAAAUUGUGCUCCAGCGGCGUGGCGGCAGCAGGAGGCCCCAUUAGCUAAAGAGGUGCUUCAGGUUAAGAACAGUUUCAGGUUAAGAACAGACCUCCAGAACGAAUUAAGUACUUAACCCGAGGUACCACUGUAAAAGAAAAGGCUGCCUCUGUGGCUGUGAUCCUAUGUAUUUGGGAGUGUGUUUCAUUGAACCUAGUGGGACUUACUUCUGAAUAAACUUCCACAGCUGUUUUACGACGGAAUACAUUGGCCCACUUACGUCUUGCAGAGACCAAAGCCUGGAGACCAGAUUGAGAUUUCUCGAUUAGGUUCCCGACACUGGGCUAUCUACGUAGGUGAUGGAUAUGUGGUCCACCUGACUGCUGCAGGUAAGAGCUUCUCAUUAUUUCCUAGAAAGGGUGGUUUUAUGAGAGGGAAGAAUAUGAUAGAGAUCACUGGCAGAUUACCCCUGAAGAAACACAGCCCUUGGGGGGGGGGGAGGUUCCCCACCACUGGCUUAGGGACUAAUUGUUGCUGGAAGUUCUAUGUCCUGAUACUUGCAAUUGUUGUAAGCCAGUUAGAGGACUGCUUUGUAGCCAAGAGAUUGCAUUCUGGUUGGUUGUAAGUUGUUUUGGGUUGCCUUGGGCAAGAUAAGAGUGACUAACAAUUUUUUAAAAAAUAAUAGUAUUUGUCAAAAGAACAACAACAACUGAUGUCUUCUUGAAGACAAUGUUGUUGAUGAAAUGCAGGGAAUCCAGGCCUAAUGGUCACUGUUUCUGAGUUUCUUUUCUCUCUCUGUUCUUGAGAUGGGAGUACAGGAAGUUUUUUCUCUAUUUCUCUACCUGCCGACACAAAAAAGGCAGUGGUGAAGAAAGAAAAGCUUUCAUAUGUGGCGGGGAUAAGCGACUGGAAGGUCAACAACAAGAAGGACAGAAAAUAUAAAGCCAGGCCUGUAAGCAAAAUAAUUAGCACUGCAAAUGAAUAUGUUGGGAUGGAGAUAGACUACAAUGUGGCCACAAAGAACUGUGAACAUUUUGUCGCCGAACUACGAUAUGGCCCAUCUGACAGUAGACAGGUGUGUAGAAUUUAUUCACGUUUUCGUAGUGGCAAUCUGUGCUGUGAUAUUGAAAUUCUUUCUAAACUCUUGAUCCUGGAAAAUUAGGUGAGAUUAAGAAGCAGUUAAUUUACUUUAUUUUUAUGUGAAUAUAAUAGUUGAGGAAAAGCUGCCAAAUGAUAGAUAUAAAAUACUAAUAAAAGCUAAUAAAAGACUGAUAAAAAUAAUAAAAACCGCACGACUGAUGCGGAGCUCACGCCUAUGCUACCACUAAUGACGCCAUCUUUACUUGUAGUAUAUUGAAGGACUGCAAACCAGAACAGAAAAAAAUGGAUAUCAUAACUUCUAAAAGUAACUUGAGUUCACACAUUCAAAUUGUCUGAAGGAACAAAUGAAAAAAUUAAAAACUCAGAACUCAGGUUUUCCAAAUUAAUGAAAGGCUUGUACCCUGAUGAAAAACGUUGGGUCUGGACUUCCGGAGGUGGCGCCAUCGGUAAUGGCGGAUUCCCUCUGAUCUGGAGGGAACUGGCUCCACAGAAAUCGGGUCUAACACCACUUCGGCGCAGCGGGGACCCCUUAAAUCACAGGCGGGUGAAGCCUGUGACCCUGGGACUCGGCGGGCACUGUCUGCGCCCCCCCAAUCGGCAAAGGAACCCGGCAACGGGCUCUGGAGCAGAGCAGGGAAGUGGCGCUGUGCUGUGAGUCGUCUGCUUCUUCUGUGGAGUGAAGCCGCGCAGCUGUUGCCGGAGAGCGCUGCCUUUUUCCUGAGACAAUUUGGCUUUGAAAACAACGAUCCGUGUGUAGGAUAAUCUCGUAAUUAAAGGAACUGUACAAAAUUUGGAAUAAUUUGGUACCGAAGCGGAGAGGUAUAUAAAGGAAGUCUGCCUCCCGCUCUUGUAAACAGAACAAAGCAUUGAACUUGAAAGCGGAAGCUUCAAAAGACGCGUAAAAGGAUUACAAUCCGACUAUCAAAACUGUGAUUUCCCCCCCUCGAUGUGGGGGAGGAGGGGGGAGAAGGUUUGAACGUUAUUUCCCUAAAAAAGAGAGGAAGAGGAGACAAAAACCACCGCUCAAAACCCCGGAACAGGUUCCCAGUGUCAGUAAGAAGCCUUAUUACCGUGCUGUCUCUGAACGUAUUUUCUGACAGUUAGCUCUGCAUUUGAGAUACAAUUUGGUUACAAUAUUGCUGACAGGUAUCUCCUGGUUUUAAAGAUAGAAACUGUUGCCUUUUUGGUGAAUUGGGGGACUAAAGGGAGAAGUAAAUUACUUUAAGAUCUUUAUGACUGUUACAGUGUCCCCCUAGUGGAAUUUGGAACUUGUUACAACUGCAGCUGGCCUGAGGGAAUCUUCCACAACAAUUUCCUGGGAACUUUCCAUUUCAAAACAACUUUGACUCUGACUGUGUGACUGACCUUGGGUUUUAUCUUGAGGGUUAUGGCAGAUGGGAAAGAGAAGAUAGAUUUGUUACAAGCAACGAGGUCUGGCAGAGUAUUUCGCACAGACGGUGAACUGCAAAGAAGGGCCUCGACAUCUGGCCCCCCCGGAGUUCCAACAGCAACCUCAUCGGCACAACCCAAAACUAAAGGUAUGGCAGCUGACGAUGCCCUGGCUCAGGCACUAGCUAAACUUAAUGAAUCUUUGGAUAGAAUAAGUAAACAAGCAGCCGCGGCAUCGGAUAAGAUUGAUCAAAAUACGACAAGUAUUAAUCAAAAUACGGCAAGUAUCAAUAAUUUGGGACAGAAAGUAAAUACUAAUACAGAAACUAUUCAGAAAUUAUUACAGGAAUCUGGUUCGACACGUAAGACUGCCGAAGAGGCUAAAGAAAUUGCUACUGCUACAUAAACAACUUGAAGACCAUAAGUCAAUUCUGUCUAUGAUCGAGUUGAAGGAGAAACAAGUGAACUUAAGGGUCAGGGCUGUACCUGAAGUGGAGAAAGACAAUUUGAUUGAAUUUCUUACGCAGGAAUUCCUAGAUUUUUGGAACCCAGAUUUGGGGAAAGACAGUUUUAAGAUAGUGAGUGCUUUUAGACUUGGAAAAGGAGGGAGAAAGAACAGGGUGAGAGACUGUUUGAUCACUCUCCGAACAAAAGAAGAGAGAGACAAGAUUUUGAGUCUGCAUUUCCAGAAGACUUUGGAAAUACAACAGUCAAAAGUGGAGAUAUUCAAGGAUAUUCCGAAACAUCUUCUGGACCUUAGGUUUAACUACAAAGACUUGGUCACCCUACUCAUCGCAAAGUAUUGGAAGACACAAGAGCUACCCACACUGGAGGAAUGGCAGAUGAAAAUGAUGGACUACAUGGAAUUGGCGGAAAUGACUGGCAGAAUCCGUGACCAGGGAGAAGAGUCGGUGGAAGAAGAUUGGAAGAAAUUUAAAGACUAUUUACAGAAAUAUUGCAAAAUUAAUGAAUGUUAGAGUGAUUUUGGAUUGAAAUUAAGUGGCUUCUAGCUGUACAGGCUUUAAAGUUAUAAAUAGAUCAAGAUUAAGGAUUAGGAUUAAAAAGGUUAAAAGAAUGGAAAAUUGGUUUUUAAUAGGUAAAAAUUUAAUGUCAUAUUAUAUUAAGAUUAAGGACUGGGAUUAAAAAGGAGGGAAAGGAAUUGCUGGACUAACAAACUGAAUUGGAAUACAAAAGAGGGAGGUAUGAGGAGGUCCGGGAAACAAGUAAAUGUAAAAGUAGUGAUGAAAAGAUGGAACUGUUUUUAACUGUUUUUUCUUUUUUCUUUUUGUAUUUUGUAUUGUGUACUUUUCUUUUUAUUCUUGAAUUUUUCUUUUUUGUUGAUGUGAUUUUUUCUUUGUGAAACUUUAAUAAAUAUCAUUAAAAAAAAUGAAAAAUGUUGGGUCUGUAUUCUUUUAAUAUUUUUCUAACUAUAGCCACAGAACUCAGAUUUUUGCAUGAAAGCAUGUUCUGUUACAAGGAAUUAAUUUUUAAAGCAUAUUUUAAACCCAGAGUUAAUUGCCUUGGAAUCUGAAUUUCAAAUCUGGCUAUUUUCUGUCUCCAAAAGAAACAUUUAAAGCAAAGUUUCAUAUCAACUCAGUUGUGAGAAAUGAAGGACCAUCAGCCACUGUGAAUAAAAAUGCUUAAAUCUCUUAUUUUUUGCAGGUGGAAGAACCUUCUUUUCUAAACUGGAUAGCAGACCAGAUCGGUUGGUAAACACCAUUAGUUGGUGUUCAAUAUAUGAUGAGACAUGUGAACAAUCUAAAAGACUGUUGGAGGACAAUCCUAGGCUGGCUUCUAACAAGAUCCCAUUAUAAAAGAACAACAGUUAUUGAAUAAAAACGAAAACAUCAAAUCAAUCAAGAAUUAGGUUUUCUGUCUUCAUCCAUUGGUGUGAAUUUUGAAGGAUGGCUCUGUUUCAGUUUGUGCAUUGUUUUGUAAAGUGCAGAGUAGUUAAGAAUUUGAAUGUGAAUUGAAUCAAAUUUCUCCCUGCUACCUCUAGAUGUGGCAGAGGACACUGAUCAACGUUGAAGUAAGGUUCAGUUGCCAGUCUGGUCAACUUCUUUACUUGGAAUGGAGGAUGCCGCCAUCUUGUUUCAGGCCACCCUUGACACGUACAACGUUUCGCUGCAGGCCUCGGUUGUUAAAAAUCAAUACGUG